CAAUGUUCAAGCUAUUUAGAAAUUAUUUAUUUUUCUAACGAAGGAAUUAUUAUGUCGACUUUUGAUCACCUUUUUGGAAGAAAAAUGUUGGAACAUGAGAACUUGUGCUGCGGCGAGCAGCCGCAGAAGUCUCAAGAACCGCAAGAGAAACCGGAAGUGCACGUGGUACCAGCGUUAUCGAACACAGCACCAGCCUGGUCAGGUGCCGCGAUAAUUAAUUUUAAAAUUCAAAAUAUAUCCUCGAGAGAUUUCUUAGGGAAAUAUUUGAUAAUGUUAUUCUACCCUUACGACUUUACAUUUUUCUGCCCCACGGAAAUGAUUCAAUUCAGCGAUCGCGUCGACGAAUUCUUAGAGGCAGGCUGUGACUUAGUGGCGAUUUCCACGGAUUCCCAAUAUUCCCAUUUGUCGUGGAUCAUUACGCCCCGGAAACAGGGUGGUUUGGGUGAGAUGAAGAUGGCCGUAUUAUCGGAUAAAAAUCAUAAAAUAUCCAGAGAAUAUGGGGUGCUCGACGAGAAAGAGGGAAUAGCUCUGAAAGGAUUAUUUAUCAUUGAUAAGAAACAAAUAAUUAGGUACAUUUCGCUUAGCGAAAUAACUCUGUCGCGUUCUGUGGACGAAACGCUGAGAAUAUUACAGGCUUGUCAAUUUGUGGACAAAUUUGGUGGUACCUGUCCUGCUGGACCAAGAGAGCCAUUGCUUUGUGCAGAGAAGGAUCCGAAUUACUUUACUGCUACGUGAUCAUUUAUCUUUUUUAUGAAAAUAUAUUUUUAUAAAUAGAUGAGUUAUUUGAAAAGUUUUAUUAAAUAAAAUGAAUAACGAUCCUUUGAUUGAAC